UGAAGGAAGGAUGAUGAAGCCAAAAUGAGCGAGGUUCAAGAAAAAAAGGUCCUGAGACAUUUUUGAUUCAUGAGCCAUAUUCUGAUAGUGUGACACCUGGACAAAUCAUCUCGGCAGGCAUUCAGCACCCACAUCAGUGGUUAAAAGUAAUUUCCUCUACAAUGGUCUUGGUGAGGCUGUUAGCGCUGUCUCUAUUCCACGUGUCUCUGGUUGGAUGUCAGCCCACCCACAGUUCACAACCAGCAUCAAGCCCUCCUCACCCCAAGGGAGAACAGUCUCCUUUGGAUACUGGUACUCUGUCCUUCCCUUGGAGCCGUCUUCGCCUGCCAAGGUACAUCAUUCCUCUUCACUACCACCUCCUCCUGCACCCCAACCUCACAAGUCUCACUUUCACUGGCUCAGUGCAGAUUGAGAUUGAUGUCCAGAACAACACAAACUGGGUUGUAUUACACAGCAAGGGUCUGCAGAUCUCCAAGGCGACUAUAUUGGACCAGGACCUCACUCAUCUGUCUGACCAGGUUCUUCCGGUGCUUCAUAACCCUUCCCAUGAGCAGAUUGGCAUUUUCUCUCCCAGGGUGCUCAGCAGUGGGCAAAAGUACUUUCUGUAUAUUGAGUUUGGGGCUGAAAUAGCAGAUGGCUUCUAUGGCUUCUCUAAGAGCACCUACAGAACCAGUGCGGGAGAGACCAGAAUCUUAGCUUCAACUCAUUUUGAGCCCACGAGUGCUCGGAUGGCAUUCCCUUGUUUCGAUGAGCCGAGCUUCAAAGCCAACUUCUCUGUACGGAUAAGGCGGAGUCCAGAGUACAUUUCUUUGUCCAACAUGCCUGUGGUCAAGACAGUUGAGGUAAACGAUGGCCUACUUGAGGACCAGUUUGAUGCAAGUGUAAAGAUGAGCACAUACCUUGUAGCUUUUGUCAUCUGUGACUUCAAAUCUGUCACAGCAACAACAUCUUCUGGGGUGCAGGUUUCCAUCUAUGCCGCCCCUGAGAAGUGGCUGCAAACCCACUACGCCCUGGAGGUUGCUGUCAAAAUGCUAGACUUCUAUGAGGAGUAUUUCAACAUCCACUAUCCUCUACCCAAACAAGACUUGAUAGCUAUCCCAGACUUCCAGUCUGGUGCGAUGGAGAACUGGGGAUUGACUACCUACAGAGAGACCAGCCUUCUCUUUGAUCCCCUCACUUCCUCCGUUUCUGAUAAACUCUGGGUUACUAUGGUGAUUGGCCAUGAGCUCGCCCAUCAGUGGUUUGGUAAUUUGGUGACAAUGGAGUGGUGGAACGAUAUCUGGCUGAAUGAAGGAUUUGCCAGAUAUAUGGAGUACAUUUCAGUGGAGGCCACCUACCCCGACCUCAAAGUGGAGGAAUAUCUACUGCAUACCUGUUUUGCAGCAGUUGGUCAUGAUUCGUUGAACUCCUCUCGUCCCAUAUCCAGCCCAGCAGAGAACCCCACUCAGAUCAAACAGAUGUUUGAUACAGUGUCCUAUGACAAAGGAGCAUGUCUCCUGCACAUGCUGAGACACUUUCUGACAGAUGACGUGUUCCAGAGUGGGAUAGUUCGAUAUCUCCGCAAGUACAGCUACAGAAAUGCACACAACCAGGACCUGUGGGACAGUCUUGCCAAUACCUGCUCAGAGGAGGACUUCAUCUCAGGAAAACACUGUUACAGCAGCAGCCAGGCCUCCAAAAAUGCAUACCUGUUUGCAGGGGAACACCUGGACCUGACAGCCAUGAUGAACACUUGGACUCUGCAGAAAGGGAUUCCUCUGGUAACUGUAACUAGGAAGGGGCCUCGUCUGCUGCUUAGACAGGACAGGUUCCUGAGGACAGUGCUGCCUUCUGACCCUCUCUGGUCCUCAUUGCAGCAGGGUUUCCUUUGGCAUAUCCCUCUGACAUACAAGACAGAUGCUUCCAACACCGUCCACAGACACAUGAUGACAACUCACACAGACAGUAUACAUAUAGGAGAAGAAGUCAGCUGGCUGAAAGUAAACACUGACAUGACAGGCUAUUAUGUGGUUCAUUACGAGGACGAUGGUUGGGAUGAGAUGACCAAACUACUUUCAGAGAACCACACUGCUCUGAGCUACAAAGACAGGACUCACUUGAUACACAAUGCCUUUCAACUGGUCACGGCAGGUCAUCUGCCGCUCAAUAAAGGCUUAGACCUGAUUGGUUACCUGCAACUGGAGACACACAAUGUGCCCCUUCUUCAAGGCCUGGGCUAUCUGGAGACCUUUUACCGGUUGAUUGAGAAAAGGAAUGACUUUGAUUUAACAAGAAACCUGGGCAUGUACAUCCUGCGAUUUUUCCGUGCUGUCAUUGACCAGCAGACGUGGAGCGACAGUGGCUCUGUGUCAGAGCGACGGCUGAGGUCAGAGAUCCUGUCACUGGCUUGCCACCUUGAUGACCCUCCCUGUCUGAAGCAGGCACAUCAGAAUUUCAAAGACUGGCUUCAGUCCAACGGUACACUCAACUUGCCCACUGACGUGGCAGAGACAGUGUAUUCAGUUGGAGCUCAGGAUGACCAUGGCUGGACCUCGCUCUUACACACAUACAACAUCUCCCUCUCUGCAGCACAAAAAAGCAAAAUCCUGUUUGCCUUGACCUGCACCAGAGACACAAACAAACUACACAGACUGCUGGAGCUGGGUCUGGAAGGGAAGGUGAUUCGAUCCCAAGACCUGUCCAGUCUCAUCCUGAUGGUGGCCAGGAACCCACUGGGACAUCACAUUGCCUGGAACUUUGUCAAAAAGAACUGGGACACGCUGGUUAAAAAGUUCCAGUUGGGCUCAUUUUGUAUUAGAAACAUCAUUAUUGGCACCACAGGCCAGUUUUCAUCUCCAGAGGAAUUUACUGAGGUGCAGAUGUUUUUUGAGUCCAUCAAAGAACAUGCGUCUCAGCUAAGAGCUACUCAGGUUGCCCUAGACAACGUACAGAAAAAUGUUCGCUGGGUUCAGAGGAACCUGGAGACUCUGAGAAACUGGCUGAACAAGAAAAUGAAGUGAAAGGCAGCAGAGGCAAGAGAGGUGGUGACGCCACAGAGGGAUAUUUGAAGUUUUCUUGAAUUUGUAUGUGUGUUUUUAUUUACCAAGUAUAAUGUGCUUGACCUCACCAAAGAGUUGACAAUUUUGUGUUGAAAAAAAAGCCUUUUUUUUUAUUUUCAGGGGACUUAUUUGUUAGACAAAAGUGUUGGGUGUGGGGGGAAAAAAAUAGGGUGUCUGUGAGGAUGAGUGUGUACCAAGAAUUUUGGUGUGUGAGAGAGAGAGAAAUUCAUUCCAAAGCAACACACAAAUGCGGUGUAAAUAAAUUCUUAAAUAGACAAUUAAAGGGUUCAUUGUA